UGCAAUAUUACUUUUGAAGAAGUGUAUUCAAAUAUUUGACAAUUGGUGUAACAAGUUAAUAUGCUGUUGAAAUAUUAUUCCGUCGUGAUACUGUGUUUUUCCGUCGUCAACGGAGAACCUGGAGAACCUAAAUGUUUUUUGAGAUUUGACUAUAACGAGAAAAUGUUAAUUAAAAAGUUAAGAUUCGAAGACAAAGUUCAGAAAUUUGAGGAUUUUAUUAACAGAAUAAAGGCACGAGAAGCAAAGGAAAAGGAUGAACGCGAUGAAUUGUUUGCCACAGAGUUAGAGAAAGUUAAAGAGUUUAAUAACGGAGCAAAGGCCCGAGAAGCCAGGGAAAAAGAGGAACGCGAUCAAUUGUUUGCCGCAGAGUUAGAGAAAGUUAAAGAGUUUAAUAACGGAGCAAAGGUCCGAGAAGCCAGGGAAAAAGAGGAACGCGAUAAAUUGUUUGCUGCAGAGUUAGAGAAAGUUAAAAACCUUCAGAGGCUUAUUAAUGAAGUAAAGACAGUAGAAGAAAAGGAAAUAGAGGAACGUUCUUAGUUGUUUCUCGCAGAGUUGAAGAAAUACAAACAAGAGAAUGCGGAAGAAGUUGAACGACAGAAAAAUGUAACGUCAGAAAUGCUCGAAAGUGUGGCGAAUUCUAAGAUGGAGUUUGAAAACGUUCAUAAAGAUAUAAACGAGAUAAUGAAAGGGAAAGUUGUGGCUUUCACAGUGACAACACCUAAGGCGGGUGAUCAUUAUACUCCAUGUCUUUUACAAAGGUCAUUACAAACGAAGGGAACGCGUUUGAUACAUCGACUGGCAAGUUCACGUGUCCUGUUAGUGGACUCUACUACUUUUCCUUACACAUCGUCAAAAGACGGUCGUCUAGUGUCGGCUAUGCUGGAUGUUACAUUCAUCUGAACGGAUCAAGUAAAGUGUUAGCUCACACAAAUCCACAGGACGGGUCAAAUGGUGCAGACAACGGAAGUUACAAAGCUUCGACGUCGGCGUAUUUAGAAUUGAAGGUUGGAGAUGUGGUGAUGUUAGAUAGUUGCAGCAUUGGUAUAUCCAACCGCGUAGAAUCAUGGACGUCGUUCAGUGGUCAUUUAGAAAACGGAGUUUAUUAACUUAUACGUAAUAUUAUACAUGCAUAUAUUUUUUAGUAUUUGUGUCACAAAAAAGUAACUUCUUUCACGCUUGAUAUUUAAAAGUUCGUAUCAAAUUUUUAAGUGAUAAAUACAGGUUAUCAGCUUAGUUUGAAGAUUCUGUUCAUUCUUAGAAACAGUGUGUUUUUUAUUCGAUAAAACUUUAAAGUUGAGAUUUUCAUAAGAAAUUUACCUUUUAUAAAUUUUGAAAUGUUUGAUAAAAAAGCUUUAUUUUGUUCAAUUUUCAAAAUAUUAUUUUUAUAGACUGGUUUGAAUUUAAUUGUAUUCCCAUAUAAGUUUAUAUAAAUCAAGUGACCCCUGGUUUGUAAAACUAUUUUAUAUUGUGAUUACAAUGAUUACAGAUUACAUAUAAUGAACGCGAGCAAGCAUGAUUCAGAUCAUCGUCAAACCAAUAAUAAACGUUGAGGAACAAUUUAUUCUGUUUACCUACAAUAUUUAUGUAUAUUAAAUUACUUAGACAUUCUUUGUAACAAAUCAUUCAAGAAACGACCAUAAGGUGAUUCAAACAACAUUUACUGUUUUUGAAUGUAAAUAAAAAUAUUAUACACUUUGAUUUAGAUGUCCAUGAGACACCUUAAUCUAUGGUGUUAAUAUUUGAAAUGGGAAAAGUAUAAAAUGCGGUACAAAAAAUAAUUCAAGAAUGUACAAAUUAAAUACCUAAAUGACUGUAAGUACGGUACUGUUGAUUGGAAAAGCAAAAAGCAAUUACGGUAUUAAAUUGUCGACAAAAAAAAUUGUAGUUUCAAAAAAUUAGGCCAGUGUUAUUAAUAUUUAGCUAGUUUGUUGACAUAAUAUUGUAUUAUGUUUGUUGAAUUGUCAUAAAUUUGUAUAUAUGUUUGAUAUGUAUGUAUUCUUGUUUUGCUCUUCAUUCAAUGGGGGAAUAAAACAUAUAUACACAGA